GGGGGGGGGGGAGGGGGAGAAAUAUGUCCAAACCUAUUGCAAAAUAUCCCCUCCGCUGCAUUGCAUUCGCCCUCCGAUGCAUGAGCUGUUUUUUUUAAAAAAAUAACAACAACCACCACCACAAGAGAGAAGAUUUACUGAAAGCAUUUCGGGGCUGAGGAGGAGAGGCAGCGCCUGACAUCUUAAAGAGGAGACGCGGUGCCCAUAGUAACGAGGCGGCUGGUCGAGGUGGCCACGCAGACGUGCGGGAGCGGCGGCUCCGGCUCCGGCUCCCGGGGGCGAUGCUGUCCGGGUCCAUCCAGAUCUCCGGAGAGACGCUCUCCUCCGCCGAGGUGAAGGAUAUCUGCGACUCGCUGAAGGGGAACUCGGUGCGGCUGCUGUCGCUGAGAGGCUGUCACCUCUCCGACCGCGAUUUCAGUCGCAUCAGCCGUCAUGUGGCGGAGUGCCAGUCCCUGGCACAGCUCAACCUCAACCUCGGGGUGGUCAACAACCUCAACCGGGUCAAACAGCUGGCAGAGGCACUCCAAAACAACAGGUCCAUCCACUCCUUGUUUCUCCAUGGUAGCCCUCUCACUGAUUCUGGAUUAGCAGCUCUCAAUCCCGCCCUUUCCCUGCAUCCCUCCCUUGCAUCACUGGACCUCGGAGAUUGCAUGCUGGGCGAUGAAGGAAUGAACCUCAUCUGUGGACUUUUGCCACCUGAUGGAGCAAAGUCAGGGUUGAAGGAGUUAACAUUGAGCGCUAACCCUGCUGUCACUGCAAAGGGAUGGGCACGCCUGGCGAUAGCAGUCGCACACAGCUCACAGCUGCGUGUACUUAAUCUGGACUAUAAUCCUUUAGGUGACCACAUUGCUGGAAUGCUGGCGGUUGCUGUGGCCUCCAGUCGGACCUUGGAGGUGCUGGACCUGGAGGGGACGGGCCUCACUAAUCAGUCUGCUCAGAUAUUCCUGGAAAUGGUGGAAAACUAUCCCACGUCCAUGCGGAACCUAAUCAUAGCAGAGAAUAACAUCAGCUCCGAGCUGCAGCAACAAAUCUCAGAUCUGUUGUCUGAGGGCGAGGAGGAGGAGACGGAGAAUGAAGGAACAGAGGAUGGUGGUGGCGAGAAGGAAAUCUGGAUCUCCCAAGGCAAUGCAGGAUCACAGACUCUGCUCGUCACGUCAGGAUUCGAAGACUCCUUACUCGCAGAGACAGAAAUGUGACCACACACUUACUGGCACCCCAGGCUGCGUCUAUUCCAAUACCACCAGCACCUACCCCCACCCGCCCCCACCCACCCAAUAC